AUGUUUUCAAUAGUUCGUUGUCGGUUGUCGCAAUAGGAAAAUACUACGUUCCCUUUCCUUUUUUCACUGUUGGAAUACAGCCCCGUCCCACGAAUCAAUGUGUGUAUAACUCAAAAUGAAUGACUACACCGACAUGAUGGACACCCCAGUACUGAGAAGGAAGAUGAAGAAACCGACUACCCCUAAGGCAGGGCGGAGCAUGCGUGGGAACCCAGAGGGCAACAGCAUAAUGUUCAAAGAUAAGGUGAAACUGUCAACUGCACAUCCAAGCUUAGAUGACAGUGGUUUGUCUACACUGAGGAAGAGAAAAAAGAAGCAAACGGAGGAAGACAUAUAUGCUGAAAUUGAAGAAAAACACAUGAUGAGGAGGUCACAGAGCGCAAACUUUUCCAAUGCCAGUUCCAGUAGUUUAGAGGAAAUGACGCCUGACACCCUCAGUCAGAUCAGUUCUAUAAUGGCUGUUCCUGAUGUGACAAUCAAUUCUACGUUGUCACGCUUUAAGAAGCCUCGCACUGGACGGGGCGAUGUGACCUGGGAGUCAGCCGUCAAUCAUGCUCGUGGGGCUCCAGAUGGAGCAGAAAGGUCCUUCCAUGCCAAGAAGAUCAGCAAAGUUUCCAUUAUAGAAGAGGUCCCUAGUCCUGCUGUGAAACAAGAUUCUCCAACUAAAGAGAACAAACCUAUAAAACCAGAGAAACCUGUCGAGAGGAAGAAAUCAAUAAAGGUUCAGUUGAAGAAUGCAGCAAAUCGCCUUAAGUCUUUAAAAAGUAAAGGCAAGUUGGACACAAGUAGAGAGAGCCGCAAACGCAAGUUGGACAUAUCCCUGCCAGACGAGAGCACAAUUGCCAUGAAGAAACCUAAAGAGAAAGAUAUGUCGUGGAAAGAGCGGAGACAACAGCGGAAGAUGACUAAAAACAACUACGACCUGAUUAUUAAAGCCAAGAAGUUGUGGGAGGAUAUGCGAAGACAUGCCCUGCCUGACGACCAGAGACAGAAGCUGUGCCAGGAGGUGUUCAACAUGGUCAGGGGGAAAGUGCAUGAGAUGUCUAUGGCCCACGAUACAGCGCGUGUGGUCCAGUGUCUGGUGCAGUAUGGCAACCCCGAACACAGGACAGCAGUCAUGGAGGAGAUCAAAGAUGACAUAGUUUCAAUGUGCAAGUCAAAGUAUGCCAAGUUUGUGAUCAGGAAAAUAUUGAAAUAUGGCUCUAAACAGCAGCGCAACUUUAUGUUCAAGACGUUCCAUGGCAAUGUUCGGAAGUUGAUAAGACACAGAGAAGCAGUGGAAAUCUUGGAAUUUGCCUACAACGACUACGCUAACGCUCCCCAGCGCUUGUCUAUGAUGGAGGAGUUCUAUGGACCAAGCUUUACUUUGUUCAAGAAUCACGACACCAAGUCCCUGGAACAGAUCAUGCUGGAGCAGCCGGACAAGAAGGACAUGAUCCUCAGCAACAUGAAGGAGGCUCUCCUGCCCCUCAUUGACAAGGAUAUAUUGGCUCACUCCAUGGUGCACAAGAUCUUCCAUGAUUUCUUCCACUAUGCCACUGACAAGAUGAGAUCGGAAAUGAUUGAGUGUCUCCGUGAACAACUGAUCACGAUGAUACACACACGGGAUGGGUCAAGGGUCGCCAUGUACUGCAUCUGGUUUGGCACUGUCAAGGACCGGAAGGUGAUUCUGAAGAGUCUCAAGACUCACAUCUCACGUAUCAGCCAGGACGAGUAUGGUCACAUGGUCUUGCUGGCGAUCUUCGACGUCGUGGAUGACACAAAGUUUGUCUCCAAAGUCAUUCUAGAGGAGAUGCUGAAGAGUUUGAGCCUGGUGGCAGGGAACCAGUACGGCCGUAAGGUGCUGCUGUACCUGCUGUCUCCGCGGGACCCCCUCCACUUCCACCCUGACAUCGUGCACAUCCUGCAGCGGGGGGACGCCAACACCACCAGUAAGAAAGAUGGUCACACGCGUCAUCGGGAGUUGCUGGGUUUUGUGUCCAAACCCCUGCUGCAGUACAUCGUUGACAACGCCGCCAACCUUGCCAUCAACAACGCCGCGCUGCUGCUGAUACUGGGCAUCAUCACACAUGCUAAAGGAGACCCCUCGGAUGCUAUGACAGCCAUUGCUAACAUCGCUGCCCAGCCGUUCUCCGCGUCCAAGGGAGAGAACCAGCAUAUGGUGGAGCACCCUGCCGGCCACCUGACACUCAAGAGGCUGAUCCUCAACGACAAGGAGCGGAGCACGGAGGAUGAGUCAGCAGUGCUCUUCUCCAACAUACUCCUGUCAGCCCUGGCAGAGGGAACUCUCAAGUCCUGGGCGGCCUGCAACAGAGGCUGCUUCACCCUCAUCAGCCUGCUGGAGUUGGAUGACAUUGAGGUGACGACACUUGUGAGGCAGCAGCUGAGUGGCAUCAAGAAGUCGCUGCGGAAGAUGACGUUCAAGGGGGCACAGAUACUGCUGCAGAAACUGGAGGGGAUGUCGUCACCGCCGAGGCCCCAGAUGAUUGACUUGUAAGGAGGGCUAUAGACAUGAUCGACAACCAGCAGAUGUACGACUUAAAGAGGAGAUGGAGACUUGAUUGACAAUCAGCAUAUGAUUGCUUGUGAUGGGAGCCAUAGUCCUCCUUGACAAAAUGCAGAUGUUCGACUUGUGAGGAGAGCUAUAGACCUCACAGACACCAAGCAGAUGUUCACCUUGUGGGGAGAGCUACAAACUCUGCCCACCAAGUGAUCCUAAUCACGUAUCACCAGCAGUCAGCAUCCUGUUUUAACCUGGAACCUCAGGGUGGCUAUGUAGUUAUGGAUGAUGUGCCAGUGGAGGUCCACUGUGAGGUGGAAUUGGUCGGAACUUAAAGGUGCUCUGGAGUACUAUCAAAAUCCUUCUAUUUUCUAUGAUCUAAAAUGGUAACCUGGCUUAAUCAGAUGUCAUCCCUGCUUAUCUAUAGGCAAUAGUCACGGACAGAGGUGGGGAGGGUUGGUUGUAUGACCCUCCUUGUUCUCACACUCCUUACAUGUCCACCUAUGUUCCAUCAACCAGUUUCUUUGGUUCUUUUCGUGACUUGGGUUAUAUGUACCUACUCCUUUUUUAAAAUGCUGUUUGCUUUAGUAGCCGAGGACAGUUUCACUUGGGAAAAUUGAUGAUCAUUCUUACCUGCUUGUCAAGCUGUAUAACCAAGUUUGCGUGCUUUCUGAUGAGAGAUGUCGUGAUUUAGAGGAAUAUGCCAUAUUGCCGCGAGGCAUUUAACUGUAUGAGAGCAUUUUUUCAACACUGUAUGCUCCUGUGUCAGGAUGUUCUUCAUCUUAAUCAUAUACUACUCAAAAGAAGUUAAGGAUCACCUGAUUCUUUCAUAUUACUAUAGUUAAUCUCUCAUGUCAUUACAGAUUAACUUUCCCAUUAUGAAAGAAUCGGGUGAUCCUUAACUUCUUUUGAGUAGUAUAUCUGUAUUGUUUAAUUUAUGUUUCACUCAUUCUUUAACCAAACAUGUUGAUGUACAUGGAUUGGCUUUGAACAGAUGUGUAUUCAAUCUGUGUGCAUCUAUAUCUUGUACAUAUAAACAAAUGGCCAUAAAGGAUACCUGUUAUUUUAGUGUUGAAACAUUUUAAAGCAGGUGUUGACAAAUGGAGUUUUACCUUCUACAUAUGUUAUCAAUUGGAGAUGUGAUGAGUAACAAGAGGAUUGUACACACAGAAUCAGUUUUAAAAUUAAAAUUGAAUUUGAAAUUCCCUUACUGAUUUAGAAUCUGUUGUAUAGACUAUUUGGAUGAGUGCCAGGAAUGUUGAUCUUAUCCGAAUAAAUUAUUGUUACUGUAUGUGCCAUGGUAAGUGCUUUAGGUGCUUAGGAACUUGACAGGGGGCGCUUUGUAAAACCAUACAGAAAGUUACAUUUCCUUACAGGGACUGAACGGUAGUGACCACUUCUUUGAUAAUUGUUACUUUGUAAUUUCACAUCCGUUCUUUCUGAACAAAAGCUGUCAUAGACACAAGAAGAUAUGACUACUGUAAAUAUUCAGUCUCAGCCAGGGGCAUUUAUAAGGAAGUUGGUAGUGGCACUUCAUACAAUAUACUUUUUUAAAAACAAUGUUUGAUUCUGUUGAUACAUGUUUCCAUUUUAUGAUAACUGUGCCAUGUAUUUAAAUGUUGUUUGUAGUUUCAUGAAAUCUUUGUUCCGGGUUAGAAUUGGCCCCCACAAACAUAUGCUUGUCAUUUAAUUACAGACUGCAGUCAUACAGCUGGAAUUUCACUUAGAGCAGUCAUGAACAGACAAACUAACAAACAUAUAGUAAUUAUUAUUUGGAAUAGUCAUUGGAAUAAAUGAUUAUGGUGUGUGUGUGUGUGUGUGUGUGUGUGUGAGGAUCGUCUGCCAGAGGCUGCAAGUGAACUUUAUGUUGUUACCAUCAUAAAUCUAGGUUUGUAGUCUUUGUAUUUAAAUGGAAUUGUCUGGAUUAACAAUUUUGUGGCUGAAUACGGAGAUGUGUCCUUUUGUAUAUACAUGUACGUUGUAUAUAGAUGGGCCUAACAGUGUCUGGGCUAACAAGGUUUCCCUGAACUUGUACCUCUAUGAUAUUGUCAUCUUGUAGUAGGAUAAUACCUGUUAACAUGUACAGAAAAUGUAAAUAUAUGUUGUGAAACAUUC